AGGACCAGGGAGGGGCCAGUCAGGAUGGUGAGGAGAAGCCGGAGACAGAAGCUGAAACAGUUGACCGGGCUGUGCAGACAGGAGGAGGGGCUCGGGGUGAAGCGCAGCUGUCCUUCUUGUGGCCUGGAGGCUGGGGGUGAAAAGAAGGAAAGAGGGAACCCUAUUUCUGUUCAGUUGUUCCCCCCAGAGCUGGUGGAACACAUUGUCUCCUUCCUCCCAGUCAAAGANGUGGUCGCCCUAGGCCAGACCUGCCACUACUUCCAUGAAGUGUGUGANGCUGAGGGCGUGUGGAGGCGCAUCUGCCGGAGGCUCAGCCCCCGAAUCCGUGACCAGGGCUCUGGCGCCCGGCCCUGGAAGAGAGCUGCCAUUCUUAACUAUACAAAGGGCCUGUAUUUCCAGACAUUCGGAGGACGCCGCCGAUGUCUCAGCAAGAGUGUGGCCCCUAUGCUAGCCCACGGCUACCGCCGCUUCUUACCCACGAAGGACCAUGUGUUCAUUCUUGACUAUGUGGGGACCCUCUUCUUCCUCAGAAAUGCUCUGGUCUCCUCCACCCUUGGCCAGAUCCAGUGGAAGCGGGCCUGCCGCUACGUGGUGUUGUGUCGAGGCGCCAAGGAUGUGAAGGAAGGAAAGAUCUACUCCUUGGUUGUGAAUGAGACCCAGCUGGACCAGCCACGCUCCUAUACAGUGCAGUUAGCCCUCAGGAAGGUGUCUCGAUGCCUGCCUCACCUGCGUGUGACCUGCAUGGCUUCCAACCAGAGCAGCACCCUCUAUAUCACGGACCGCACUCUGUCCCAACCUGGGGUCCCCACUUCCCUCCAGGCCUCUAGUAUUCCCACCUUAACCCCCCUGGCCAUGUUGUCUGUCUGUUCUCAGGUUCCUUAUCUGCAACGCCCCAUCGCCCUGUGGUGUGGCCUCAACCAUUCCUUGGUGCUGAGUCAGGCCUCGGAUUUCAGCAAGGAGCUGCUGGGGUGCGGCUGUGGGGCCGGAGGCCGUCUUCCUGGCUGGCCCAAGGGGAGCGCCUCCUUCGUUAAGCUGCACAUCAAGGUCCCCUUGUGUGCCUGCUCCCUCUGCUCCACCAGAGAGUGUCUCUAUAUGCUGUCCAGCCACGACAUCGAACAGGGCCCUGCCUAUCGAGACCUGCCAGCCAGCAGGGUGGGAGGGAGCCCUGAACCUAGCCAGGGGGCUGGAGCCCCGCAAGACCCUGGGGGAACAGCCCAGGCCUGUGAGGAGUACCUCAGCCAGAUCCACAGUUGCCCCACGUUGCAGGACCGAAUGGAGAAGAUGAAGGAGAUUGUGGGCUGGAUGCCCUUGAUGGCUGCCCAGAAAGAUUUCUUCUGGGAGGCCCUGGACAUGUUGCAGAGGGCUGCUGGCGGGGCUGGCCCAGGCACCCCGACUCCUGAGAGCUGAGCCCCUCUUCCUAGCCUUUCCUCCUGAAGAA